CGCGAUUGCGCAGUGCGGGCGUCGGUCGCCACUUUUCUGGCCUGGGCGGGGAGGCGGCGACGCCGACAUGGGGGCGGCCGCGGCCGAAGCGGAUCGCACUCUGUUUGUGGGCAACCUUGAGACCAAAGUGACGGAGGAGCUGCUGUUCGAGCUGUUCCACCAGGCUGGGCCAGUAAUAAAGGUGAAAAUCCCAACAGAUAAAGAUGGCAAACCCAAACAGUUUGCAUUUGUAAAUUUCAAACAUGAGGUGUCUGUUCCUUAUGCGAUGAAUCUACUAAAUGGGAUCAAGCUUUUUGGGAGGCCCAUCAAAAUCCAAUUUAGAUCAGGAAGUAGUCAUGCUUCACAAGAUGUCAGUGUGUCUUAUCCCCCGCAUCCUGUUGGAAAUUCAAGCCCGACCUCCACAUCUCCUGGAAGCAGAUAUGAAAGGAUUUUGGAUAAUGUGAAUGCAUCAACACAGAUAAUCCAAAGGUCUUUCUCUUCUCCAGAAAACUAUCAGAGACAAGCAGUGAUGAACAAUGUUUUGAGACAGAUGCCAUAUGGUGGGAAGUUUGGUUCUCCACAUGUGGAUCAGUCAGGAUUUUCACCAUCACUUCAGUCCCAUAAUCAUCCUUACAGCCAGUCUUCCAGCUCCCAGUGGCGCCAGGAUACACCACUUCCACCACGUAAAGUCAGGCAGAAUUCUCACCCCUACCUGGCAGACAGACAUUACGGUCGUGAGCCUCGGCUCUCGGAUCCCAUCUCUGAGCGUCAUUACCGAGGCAGCCGAGAGGACUACUCUGAGGACAGGAACCAUGAUGGCUGGAGCGCUGACUAUGACAGCAGGAGAGACGGCAGGAGAGAGGGAAGAUGGCGCACAGCUCGGCACUAACAAGUGUCCACAGCAUGUUGUGUUAUACGGUCAUUCUAGGCACUUUUGACUAUGUCGGUCUGGAAAUAUUUUGUUUAGAACUGUACAGAGCAGCUUUCCAAAUUGCUACCUUUCUUUAUACAUUUUAUAAAGCUAAUGCCUGCAGUUGAAUACAGAAAGGAGGAUUGUGGUUCCAUUCUUAUUACACAAAUAACUUUUCAUCUCAGGGUUUUAGGCAGAAGAAAGUGCCCCAGUUCCUAAUCACUUCACAGUGUAGAAAGGGUGAAUUAUAGAUUGCUUGAACUAUGAAGCAAAUAUUUUAAUUAUCUGUUAUCCUUUUGUAUUGCAAGAAAUUUCUUAGUGAAUCAGAUUUUGGUGUGUAUGAUAGAAAAUAUUCAAAUUGAUAGUCUGAAAUGAUUAUCAGUAUUUUGGUAAUAAAUUUAAAAAACUUCAGUGAUUCAUUUUACUAACAUUUGACAAAGUUCAUGGUUAACUUUGGGGAUAAAUCAUAUUGCUUAGAUAACUUAAGUAUAAAUUCUGUGACAUGCUCUUUUUUAUCCUAAUUGAACACAUAAGUGUAAAUCUACACAUGGUAUGUCAUUUAAACUUUUGGAAUUCAAUAAAUCAUUUGAUGUAUGACUGGAGUCACUCAGGAAGUUAAAUAUCUCUUGCAUAUUUUUACAUUAGAAGUUACAGUAUUAAAACUUUUUUCUUUCCUUUCAAUGUAUAGUCAGAUAAAAUAGUGAAGUGUUUGAAAGAAUACUUGCUAGGCAAAACAUGAAGUGCUGUUUCUAUAAAACUUCAAAAAUUUUAACAUUUUUAGGAUAUGCAUUCCUGCAAGAACACAUUGUGUUACGAAGAUUAUAUAAUUUGUUCUUUCUUGAGCAAUGGGAAACGAUUUAAACACUUUAUGGUUUUAAAUUUUUAAAAUCUUUUUAACAAAACUUUUAUAUAUCAAAAUGUAGUUGUUCUUUCACUGCACAAUUGUUUCUAAAAAUUCAUUACUUAAAAAAUUUGGAUCCCUUUUAAUACCAGCCACAAUAUAUGUACGUGUUGCUUUUUAAUGUAUUAAAAACAAAACAAAACAAAA